UGGCGGACCGAGUGCGCGCGCCUGCCUAGCCCGGAGUACCGACUCCCGGCGACCCGUGCUCGCCGCGCCGCGAUUGGCUGCCGCCGACUCGCGCUCGACCAAUCGCGUCGCGCCAGCCGGUCACGUGACCGCCUAGUUCGCGCUUUGCCGGUUCGAACCUGUCGCCGACGUCGUGGAGUGUUUUCGCCCGGUUUUUUUUCGAUCGUUCCACGUUGGAUCUGGGCGUGAAGAAGGUUUAUUUAUGAAAUAAACGUUCCGAGGGCCAGUCGAGAUUGACGCUGAGGGAUAAGUGCGAUCUCGAAGGAGUUUCCACUGGAUACAGCAGUCAUCGAUCUAUUGAUUGGCGGAAUCUGCCUAUCCUGAUCAGCGAUUCACCCGAUUUUCCAGCCUAUAUUGGAAAUAAUCGAGUCAUUAAUUGAUAAUCGAAGACCACGGCGAUUCCUCCCGAUCGAAAGUACAAUGGAUCCAUGCCCGAAUGUGCAGAGCAAUCGAUAUCGGAACCGAUCGAUUGCUUAGUCCCAGUGGACAGAACGAGGGCACGAUCGAGAGAUCGAUUCGGUGACAUCGGAGAUCCUGCAGGAAACUCGGGAAAAGUGGGGAUUUGGUCUUACAAGGAUAUUUCUUGACCAAAAUGGCGACCGGCAUUGAAAUCGCUGACUCCAACCAGGAACUGAUGACGAAGACCAAGCGAGCCAACUGGCGACGAUUGCUGGUCGGAGGGGUGGUGGGGGUUCUGGUUUUGGCCCUGGUGAUAACGGCGGUGAUCCUCUUCACUGGUCCAGAAGCUGAGGGAUCGAAUGGGCAAUCGGCUGCCCAGAUCACUCUUGAAGAAUGGCUGCUGGGAUCUCUGUCUACGAAGAGCUUCAACGGCACCUGGAUCAGUGAUGACGAGAUCCUGUACCGCGACGAGAGUGGGAACUUGCUGGUGUUUAACGUCGUUCUAGGAUCCAACAGGACUAUCUUGGAAAUUACGAACAACGCCCUCGCCUCGAGCUUCGAGCACCAGCUAUCCCCCGACCGGAAGUACUUGCUGCUUGCCUCGAACUAUCAGAAGCUCUAUCGACACACUUACCUGGCGCAGUACAAGAUCGUCAAUUUGGAGACCCAGGAAGUGCUCAGCCUCAUCCCAAAUGACACGAUCACUCUUCAGCUCGCCGUGUGGGCUCCGAAGGGGAAUGCUCUAGUUUACGUCAAACAGAACAAUAUCUUUUACCGACCAGAAGCAGAAGUUCCCCUGGAUUACCAGAUCACCACCACCGGGGUCUUCGGCACGAUCUACAAUGGAGUCCCAGACUGGGUCUACGAGGUCAAAAUAGAGGAGGUAUCAGGUGAUGCGGCACGACUUGAUAGCUACGGCCAUUACACUUGUGAAACGAUUCACUACCCCAAGAGCGGCACGACGAAUCCCACGGUGAAGCUGUACUACGUCGACCUGGACCAAGUGAUACUCGGGAAUGGCAGUCUGGUCGAGAUCGAGCAUCCGCCCCAAUUGAAUUUAUCCGAGAGAAUACUCUCGGCGGUCGCCUUCCCGACGGACAAUUUGGUCUCGGCCACGUGGAUGAACCGAGUUCAGAAUCGGGCGUACUUCCAACUCUGCGACGUCGCGACGUCGAGCUGCACCACGGCGCUUUCUCACGUCGAGUCGAACGGCUGGGUGGAACAGUUCGAGCCGCCUCUCUUCAGCAAGGACGGCACAUCUUUCCUUCUGGUCCUGCCGCAGAAUCAAGGCGAGACCGGAGACUGGAGGCACUUGGUCCUGAUUACAAACGCGACCACCCCGAGUCCGAGGACCGUUCCCCUGACUUCCGGCACUUUCGUCGUCACCGAGAUAGUCACCUGGGACCAAGAGAACUCUUACGUGUAUUACUUGGCCACGACGGAAGACGACCCUGCAUUGCAACAUUUAUACCGAUUGUCAUUGGGGGAUCCAGACAGCAAACCUGAAUGCUUAAGCUGCUACAUUAAAAACAAAUCAGACGGAUCCUAUUGUUUAUACAAUUCCGCAAAAUUCUCCCUCGACAACUCGUACUUCGUCCUGACGUGCGCUGGACCCGGCGUUCCGGAAAUCUCGAUCUACAAUGAGAACAACACGAAGCUGUUCACCUGGGAGGACAAUCAACAAGUGGCGGAUCUGAUCGCCCAAAAGUCCCAGCCGAAGGUGAAAAGAUUCGCCGUUAAAGUGGACGGUGGAUUCGAGGCCCAGGUUCGACUUUUGCUGCCUCCAAAUAUCGAUAUAUCGGGAUCGACGAAACACCCGAUGCUGGUUUACGUGUACGGUGGGCCAGAUUCUUACCAAGUAACGGAGAAGUUCAACGUCGACUGGGGAACGUAUCUGGUGACCAACAAAAGCAUCAUUUACGCCGUCAUCGAUGGCAGAGGGUCCGGAUUAAAAGGCAACAGGAUGCUGUUCGCAGGAUACCGGAACCUCGGCACCGUGGAAAUCGUCGACCAAAUAAACGUCACCAGAUACCUCCAGGACACCUUCCCUUACAUCGACCCGUCCAGGACGGCGAUCUGGGGCUGGAGCUACGGCGGUUACGCCACGGGCAUGUCGCUCGCCGAGGACCGCGAUGGCGUCUUCAAGUGCGGAAUGUCGGUGGCACCUGUCACCGACUGGGCCCUCUACGAUACCAUUUAUACGGAGCGCUUCAUGGGUCUGCCGACGAGAGGUGACAAUCUCGGUGGUUACGAACAAGGCCGGCUGGGGAAAAACGUGGACAACAUGAGGACAAAGAGCUAUUAUCUGAUCCACGGUACCUUGGACGAUAACGUGCACUAUCAGCAGUCGCUGAUGCUCGCGAAGACCCUCGAGCAAAACGACAUCCUGUUCAGACAACAGACUUACACGGAUGAGGAUCAUGGAAUAGCGCAAUCACGGGCGCAUCUUUAUCACUCCCUGGAGAACUUUCUGAAUGAGUGCUUCGAAACCCGAUCAUGAUCGUGGCAGAGGCACGAUUAAUCUGCAACUCGUGAUCAAGGAACUUACGGAGACCUUCUGUAAAUAAUGUACUACCUGUACAUACCUUAUGUACGAUAUGUAAUAUGAAUGUCGUGUAAAUAAUAGUCCAGGGGAUGAGUUUGGACCACAUCGGCUGAAGAAGUGGCCUAGAGCGAUACUGCUCAAUACAGCAGUUUUUGUUCGAGAGACCUGUGAGAUUCAGAGUUUGUACGAUGAACUUUUUAUAUUCAGAGGAGUCUAAGAGUGACCCAACACCUCUGAGCCUGUUGCUCCGAUAGGGUAGCGUAAGCUUAGUUCGUACUUAUUUUCAGGCCGACAACCUAUAGUUUACAGGUUUUCCUUUCAACUAUAUUGUAAGAUGGUUUAAAAACAAAAGCAGAUACGUUACUAACGAUCUCAUGUGACUUUGCACGGUAUAAAUGAAUUUCUUAAAGGUUCGUUACUUUUACGCAGUAUAAAUGCCAUGUUCUUGCAAGAGAAAGGAAAUGAGUGAAUAUUAUGUAGCGCCUUGUUGCCGAAACGUGUUAAAAUUUAAUUGUGUCGCAAUGUUCCUUGUUUUACUUGUGUUCUCAUAACCACAACAGCAUAUCUUCGGCUCGCUAGAGUCAAGACACAAGCAUUUUGUAAUAUAGUUACAUCGAAAUGCACAGUAUUGAAUGCAAAUGUAAAUAAGGGAUUAUCUAAUUACUUGCUACUAAACUUUUGUAAUCAAAGGACCACUGCGACAUUUUUUAGGGUGGAUUUAAAUGAAUUUACUAACGACAAGUGUUAACUCUUAACUUGGAUAUUCUGUAAAUACAAGAUUACUUGAUCAAAAUACAAUUAAACUAGAUAAUUAUUGUUAAAAGCAAAAUUAUCACAAACUCCUUACAUAGUAUUACAAAUAUGCUUGUAUACUCUUUACUCAUUAUUUGUUGAAUGUAAUAUAAAUAAAGUUCUAUGUUUUAUUAAUA